AAAGGAGGAGGGAUAUACUAAAACAAUAAUGGAUAAUAGCAGGUUUAUUGUGCUUAUUAUGAUUUAUCUUGCAACUUUUGGAAUUAGGUAUUUAGUUUGGUGUGAAGUUUUUACGGAAUCUGAGCAAUCAGCCGUAGAUGAGACGAUAGAGGAAUUAAUGAACUGCAAGCAAAUUCCAGGUCUAGGGUUGAGUAUCACAAAAGGUGACAAGUUCCUGGCCAAAGGUUAUGGAGUGUCGGACGCGGUGGAGGGCAUCCCUAUGACAAAAGACACUGUGACGUGUAUCGGGUCCACGACUAAGGCGUUCACGAGUGCCCUGCUAGGCGCGCUCAUAACACGUGACAAGAGUCGGGGAGGAAGUUUAUCAUGGACGACAAGCUUGCGAGAAAUAUUUGGUGACAACUUUGGUUUGACCUCUGACCCAGUGAUAAGUUCACAGGUCACACUAGCAGAUAUUCUGUCACAUCGCACCGGCGUUGCCUCGGCGGACGCGUUGCUGAUGGCGCAGAUUUAUACAGAGAACAACAGAGAUUUUUUACUCAGGCGAUUGUAUCUUAUGCCGAAGAAAGGAGUAUUUCGUGGUCAGUUUAGUUACAACAAUUUAAUGUAUGGCUUGGCGGGGCUGGCAGCCGAGGCUAUAGGGAAAAAGCCCUACUAUGAGUUACUAAAGGAGAUGUUACUAGAUCCCUUAGGAAUGAAGUCUGCUGUGUUAGUGGAUGACUUAAAUUUCACCAAGAACACCACCAGUAAGCCACAUCAGAUAACCAACCGAUCAUUCCGGAUAAGUGAUACAAAAUUCUAUAGGUUAGGUUCCUUCUCCCCAGCAGGAGGGAUAUGUCUAUCACCAGCUGAUUUCAACAAAUGGCUGUUUUUCCUAAAUAGCAGAGGAAGAACACAGUCCAAGAAGACAAUCAUCAGCAGCAUGUUUUUUCUCGACAUGAUCUUACCAACAGUGGCACUAGACAUUUUAACCCAGUAUUCAUUUGGUCUGUAUAAAAACUUUCCUGAGCCCUCCUACACUUCUUGGUACGGAUUGGGAUGGUUUGGGCGCUUCUAUAGAGCUAAUGUUGAUUUCUUCCAUGGUGGAUCCAUGUUCUCCUAUUCUGCUGUGGUGGUUACAGACCCAGAAACACAGAUUGGAAUUGCUGUGACACAAAAUGGACUAUAUCCAAUAUCCUUGGAAAGGGAUCUCUAUCCCCUCGCUUACUACCUGAAGGACAUCCUUCAAGGUCAAAUCCCAUGGCUGAAUAAAUCCACCAUUUGUUCCUAUCCUGAACCCUGGCAGAGGUCCUAUCCGAUCCAACUACCAACACAAAAUGUAAAGGAAAGAUAUGUGGGAGAUUCAGAGGAAUUUGUGGGCACCUUUGGUCAUACUUUGUUUGGUGAGGUUAAGGUAACAGACAACAACGGUUCCUUGGAUUUGCAGUGGGGGAAUAUAAUCAAAGGAACACUUUACGAUUUUGUGAAAAAAAAAUUGAAUUUCAAACUGAGAUUGCAAGAUGAGACCUAUCAAGUAAUUGGGUAUGAAUUAGGCUCGAUAGAUAUUCUAUUUCAAGAGAAAUCCUCAGGUAAAUACACAAAAGUGGAAAUUAAAUUCUCAAAAGUAAUGGAGAUUUAUGAUUUUAGCCGACAGAUUUCAUUCUUUUCUCCUUCAACAUCCUCAUCAACAGUCAAAUUGUGUUUCCAUAAAACUAAAACAUCUCUGUUGUACACCCUUUUCCUUAUCCUUAUUAAUGUUUUUAGCUCAUUAUAAAAUACUUUACAAUAGACAUAAUUGUGCAGUUUACAAAUCAUCAUUUAAUAUUUUCAAGUGCCCAUUAAGAAGUUAGCCUGUGUAUGAACACAUAUACAGGAUAUCAUGUGUCCUUCAUUACACUGGCCCAUUUCUCUGAUGAAGGCUCUGUAGGUGUCACUAAGUGGGUGGGGACACGACUCCCCCCUGGUGCGUUCUCUGGUACAAUAAAUCUAUCCCAGUCUUGUCUGUCAAAAUAAAAGGUUUUAUAUAAAUAUAACCAGAACAAGUAGCCUAAGGAUCACGGCUCUACUUUACCAUUUUUUCUUACUUGUUAGUCAGACAAGUGACUGUGAAUUUUACUUGUCCAACCUUUAUUUUUACUUGUCCAUUUUUUUUUCAAUAAAGAAUAGACACCUUGAAAAAUUUUGUAAAUAAAAUACAGUGUAUUAUAUU